CUCAUCUUUGUUUGCUCCGUCUUCCGUACUGCAUAAACUCCCCUAUCACUAUAGCCUGCCUGCCUAAUUUGCAUAGAGGGGCAAUACUAUGUAGCAUGUAGCAUAUAAGUAUUAUUGUAGCUAAUUAACUUUAUUUAGGUAUUGUUAAUAAACUAGAAUUAUGUCUGGUAAAUUAUAUAGUGUGGGUAGCUCUUCAGGGUCUGAAAAUUCUCCCUUACAUGAGAAGAAUUAUCAUGAUGAUGGUCUAGAUCAACAAUAUGAUGAUGAUAAUGAACUUGAUCAUGAUCAUGAACAUGAACUCGAUCAUGAUGAAAGUUCACCUGAUGAUGAUAGAAAACGGUUAAGAACUAAAACUGCGUGUGAUUAUUGUAGAAAAAGGAAAACUAAGUGUAAUGGUGAGAGUCCAUGUUCUAGUUGCUUAUAUUAUAAGAGACAAUGUAUAUAUACUUAUGUACCAAAAGUACGUAAGAAACGAGUUAGUAAGUUUCUGAAUAAUUCAUCUGGUAAUCCUGCAAAAAAACAUAAUCCAAAUUCUUUACAAGGUUUAAAUAAUCGGAUGUCAGCAUUAGAAAGUUUAUUAACUAAACUUAUUACUAAGAUGGAUGGAUCUAAUACAUUUGCUAAAGAUUUAAAGGGAAUAAAUAAAACUGGUGAAGAAGAAGAUUCAGAUACCUUAUCACUUGCAUCAUUACCAUCAAGUGAUAAUGAACUGUCAGAUGAACAUACUAAACCUCAAGAUCUUGUAUUAAAUGAAAAGGCAAUAACAAAUCCUAGUAAAUUAGGAGAGAUGAUGAAAACAGAACGAGUUCAUCAACAUUGUGUACUAAAUAUUAAUCCAAGACGAAGAAUUUUACAAUGGGUAGGUUCGCACUCAGUAUUUCAUGUAUUAUCAGCAAAGUCAAUAAGAUGGUUGCGAACAAAACUUAAUGAUGCGAAUGAUGAAGAAUUAUUAGUGCCUAUAAAGAAUUUACCAGUAGCAUUAAAUAAUGCGGUAGAUACAACUUUAAAAAUUUGGUAUGCACCAGAAGAUGAUAAAAUAUAUAAUAGUAACUUAUAUUUUUCACGUGAUGAUAAGGGAUUAACAUUUGAAUUAUUAGAUUAUUGUUAUGAAUCACUUCAUAUAGCUCCAUUUCUUUGUAAUUUGAAUUUAAUUAGAGAAUUAUUUCAAGUAUAUCAUUAUGCAAUUUCUCAAGGAGAUUUUGAUGUUAUUCAAGGUUUAUCAUUAAGUGAUUUCUUAAUCAUGAACGUAUCAUUAUGUUUAUGUUUAAUGAAUAUUUCAUCACCAAUUGUUUCAGAAAGUUAUCCAACAUUAAGUAGUAAAUCACUUCAUGAUUUAAAUUUACUUAAACAAAAAUUUUUUAAGUAUGCUAUUCAUUGUUAUGAAAAAGUUAAUGUAGUAACUGAAGGUAUAAGAUCAGUUCAAGGUAUUGCACUUCUUAUGUUAUAUAUUGAAGCAUCUUAUAUAACUGAUGUUCAUAUCAAUUAUAUGUUAGCAUGUUCUUUAAUUAGAAUUGCUAGGGAUGUAGGAAUUCAAAGAAUUGAUUUAUAUAAAUAUGAUAAAGAUGAAUCAUAUACUCAACUUAAAAGAAGGUUAUGGUGGUUUUGUGAAUAUAUGGAUAAAGAAAUGUGUUAUAAAAGUGGUAAAUCUGAAAUUAUUAAUCAGAAUGAUGCUAAUGCAUUAACAGAAUAUGAUGAUUACUUUGUUUCUGUACCAGUUCAACCUUUUAAGAGUAAUUCUUAUUUGAAAAAUUCUCUUAAAUUGAUUACUAAUUGUCAAUAUCAUGGAUAUCAGUAUUAUUUUGUAUACUAUAGCCUUAUGUUAAGUCGUAUAAAAAGUAAAAGUUAUGGUCUACUUUAUGGUGCUCGAGUUGAUUUUAUGAGUCAGGAUGAUUUAUUGGAUAAUUUACAACAAGUUAAUGAUGAAAUGUUUAAAAUGGCUAAAUUAAUGGAACCAGAUGUAAGACCUACUUUAUAUUACUUAAAGAAAGAUGGUGGUAGAUCUGAAGCUGUUCAAGACUUAUUUAAAGGUCAUGAAGCUUAUUAUAAUUACAGUAAUCUUCUUCUUCAAAUGUCAUUCUUUUCUCAUUUAUUAACAAUUAAUCGAGUUCCAUUUAUGCAACCUAAUUUUGUUAGUAAUGAAAGAAGUAUUAAGUUUGGUAAUUUAUCAUUAGAAAGUUCUCGAACUAUAUUACAUCUUGUUAAUGAUUUUGAUAAGAGUCUGGUUCCUGCUUCCAAGAUUUCUUAUCUUAAAUUUUAUCCAUUUAUGGCCUUCUGUAGUUUAUGUGGUCAUAUAAUUGGAUUUCCUAAGGAGUCAAGUGUUGAACUGGAUUGUGAGUUAUUAAUUGAAGUAUCGAUGAAAUUUUUCGCUCAUAAAGAUAAUAAUAGAUCAUUAGAAAGUUGGAAUGAAAGUCGAUUAUAUGAUAGUAAAAAUACUAUUUUUGAUUUAAUUGCAAGAUUAUUUUUAAAGAUAUUAGUUAAUCUCAUGAUUAAAGAAUCCGAAAUUAAUUACUUAAAUAAAGUAGUUGGUUUACGAGAACAUUUAGAAGCCAGUGCUUUUAUAUAUCCUGAUUUAUUCAAGAGAUCAGAUGGAGAUUUACCAUUAAACUUGAUGUUUGAUUUCUCCAAAGGUAUUUCUUCUGACCUCAAUAGUAAACCUGCUAUGCAAUCUGGUAGUGAUAUCGGAGGUUUAGUGAAUUCAUUACCAUCUUAUUCAGUUGAUACUCCGGUAUCAAGUGUUGAAUCCAAACCAUUCGAAACCGGUGCAGAUAAGGCACCUACCGAUAUAGCACAGGCAAUAAAUUUUGAAUCACUCAAUGAAGAAACGUUUGGUUCAUUACUUAAUUCUCAAGCAUUUAGUUUACCUAAUUUCUUCUAUGAUGGUAAUAUAGACUCUGGAGCCUUUGUUACCAAUGAAGAAUAUGACUUUGAUUACUUUAAUAAUUAGCGUACUUUUACAGUGUAUAUAGAACGGUGUUUAUUUAAUAGUAUAUAUGGUAUAGUAAUAGUAUAUAUGGUAU